UCUCGUGGAGGCAGCUAGCGCGAGGUUGGGGAGCGCUGAGCCGCGCGUCGUACCCUGCGCUGCCCAGACCAGCGAACAAUACAGUCAGGAUGGCUAAAGGUGAUCCCAAGAAACCAAAGGGCAAGAUGUCUGCUUAUGCCUUCUUCGUGCAGACAUGCAGAGAGGAACACAAGAAGAAAAACCCAGAAGUCCCUGUCAAUUUUGCAGAAUUUUCUAAGAAGUCUGAGAGGUGGAAGACUAUGUCUGGGAAGGAGAAAUCUAAAUUCGAUGAAAUGGCAAAGGCAGACAAAGUGCGUUAUGACCGGGAAACGAAGGAUUAUGGACCAGCUAAGGGAGGCAAGAAGAAGAAGGACCCUAAUGCCCCCAAAAGGCCACCGUCUGGAUUCUUCCUGUUCUGUUCAGAAUUCCGCCCCAAGAUCAAAUCUACAAACCCUGGUAUCUCCAUUGGAGAUGUGGCAAAGAAGCUGGGCGAGAUGUGGAAUAACUUAAGUGAUGGUGAGAAGCAACCUUACAACAAUAAGGCAGCGAAGCUGAAGGAGAAGUAUGAGAAGGAGGUCACCGACUAGAAGUCUAAAGGAAAGUUUGAUGGCGCGAAGGGUCCCGCCAAAGUUACCCGGAAAAAGGUGGAAGAAGAAGAUGAAGAAGACGAGGAGGAGGAAGAGGAAGAGGAGGAUGAAUAAAAGAAACUGUUGAUCUGUCUCCUUGUGAAUACCUUAGAGUAGGGAGCGCCGUCAUUGACAUUGACGCCCCUCUUAUUGGAGGCGUGUCUGUUGCCCUCGUUAGGUUUAAUCACACAAUUGGGUCAUGGUCAUAUUGUAGUUUCUCAAAGUGCUCUAGAAAUUGUCAGUGGUUUACAUGAAGUGGCCAUGGGUGUCCAGAGCACCCUGAAACUGUAUCAAAAUUGUACAUAUUUCCAAACAUUUUUAAAAUGAAAAGGCUCUCGUGUUCUCCUCACUCUGUGCACUUUGCUGUUGGUAUGACAAGGCAUUUAAAGAUGUUCCUGGCAUUUUCUUUUUUUGAUUUGUAAGGUGGUGUUAACUAUAUGGUUAUUGGCUAGAAAUCCUGAGUUAUCAACUGUACAUAUCUAUAGUUUGUAAAAAAGAACAAAACAACCGAGACAGACUCUUGAUGCUCCUCGCUUGGCAUUG